GAUUACACCAUCUGGGAACUGCAGGGAUCGUCAUCAUGGGCACGUAUCCCUGGUAGACUGAAGCAUAUCAGCGUGGGACCAGCAGGACUCUGGGGAGUCAACCGUUAUAGAAGAAUCUUCAAAUGGGGUUCAAGAAGCUGGAAGAGAGUAAAAGGGGGCUUAAAGCAGAUUGAUGCUGGUGGAGACGGGUUUGUGUCAGGAGCCAACCGUCUUGAUAUCCCCUGGUGUGGUGUUACAAAGUCCAACCGUGUAAACUGGGUCCGCCUUGAUGGCAAAUUAAAGUACUACAGCUGUGGCCCUUAUAGCUGCUGGGGUGUUGACAGUCAGGAUCGAAUCUAUGUGAGGAAGGUAAGGCUGGACUGUAAGGGAGAUGGCUUGCAGCUCAUUGAAGGAUCCUUGUCUAUGAUUGAGGUGGCAGGUGACGGGUCUGUCUAUGGAGUGAAUUCUGAAGGAAAUGUGUACCGCAGGGAUUCCACAUCUCGCUGUAAACCUGAGGGUACUGACUGGACCCAGAUUCCACUCCACAGCGGUGAAGUGAAGCAUGUGUCCUACGAUAGCGGUCAUCUCUGGAUCAUCCUGAAGAAUGACACCAUCUAUGACUGCCCAGUCUGAGCACUGCUCUUCCACAGAGACAGCCCUGCUGCAUGAACCCUGUACUCUACCUUCAUUACUUCACCACUGCAGCCCUUAACUAGUCAUGGCUGCUGAUCUGCUUACCUGCAAUACUCAUGCUGUGCUUCUGUCAAAUUAUUCAGUUUGGCUGAUUUGUAAAAACACACCUACUGUAUGUAAACAUUGAGUCUUUAGAAUAUCUUAUACAGUAUUUUUUUUCUUCUUAAACACGAUUAAUUGCUGAGUGUCAAUAGUUAAUUGCGAUUAGUCGCAUGUUUUAUCGUUUGAUUGAGAUGUUUAUCAUUAAAGAUUUCAGAACUGUUUUAACGCCUGAUGUAAAGCCAUGUUUACCAUUGUAUAUUGAUUGGAGCUCAAAUAAAU